AUUAUGCCCCUAGUAUUAUGCCCCUGGUAUUAUGCCCCCUGGUAUUAUGCCCCCUGGUAUUAUGCCCCCUAGUAUUAUGCCCCCUUUUACCAUGCCGCCUGGUACCAAGCCUCCCUUCCCACACCCCCCUGGGUAUCCACCCUACCUCAGCGCGCCACCACAUUACUCUAAUAGCACAGCAGCCUCAAGCCAGACAUACGCAUACACACAGGCUGCUAGAAACCUCCAGCUAUCAUCUUCUCAGCCUGCCAUUAACCACCAGUUAGCAUAUAUCCCACUCCCAUACAACCAGCCCUCUGGCACCUUCCAGCAGCUAAACACCAAGUCCACUGGCAACCUGCUCCAGCUCAUGAACCUCCAACUCCCAAACAGCAAGCCCGCUAGCACCCGCCAGCUUACGUACAUUCAGCCAGCUAGCAACCCCCAGGUCAAAUCUAUCCAGCCUGGUGGGACCCGGCAGCUUAAAUACAUUCAGCCCACUAGCAACCCCCAGAUCACAUCUACCAAGCCCGCUAGCACCCGCCAGCUUACAUACAUCCAGCCUGCUACCAAUCCCCAGGUCACAUCUACCCAGCCCGAUAGCACCCGCCAGCUUACAUACAUCCAGCCUGCUAGCAAUCCCCAGGUCACAUCUACCCAGCCCGAUAGCGAACUCAAGUUCACAAGCACGGCUGUACUGACGCCAGCACUGAAAGUGUUGACCCCAGGCCCCAUCUCCUUGAACAAGGCCCAACAACUGAAGGAGCUGUCACCCCCCCGCUGUCUGCAUUACGUUAAGACGGUGGUGCCCAAGGGCAGCAAACGCCGCAUGAGACGGUCAAGAGUCACGAGAAACAGGCAGGCGCUUGAAGAAAGGUGUAAUAAAUACAAGAAAGAGGUUCUGAGAAAGAGGAGAAUAUAUCGAGAUCUCCAAGGGAAGAGAGAUGGACUGAUUGCAAGAGCUGCAGCGAAAGUGGCAGCUCGGUUAGCUGCAAAGUACCCCAGGGCCCUCUCUGAAGCGGAGGCAGAGAGCGAUGUUGAAGGGGAGAAAAAAACAAUGCCUGAAGAAGUGAUUAAGGGGAAACUAAAGAAGAAGCUUGAAGAGUUCAACCUGAAGAUGAAGCGGAAAUCGACGCAACAAACACCAACAUAAACUCAAAGGCAGUUUGUUAUCUUCACUUGGCAUCAUGAGCUCAUCUCCCACUAGAAUAGAACCUGCUGCUGACCCAUCCAGACCCUAUGGACAUUAGUUGGCUUACAUUGUUACCUAUCAUCCAUUUAUUGAUUUAUAAUGAUGCUAACAAAGGAUUUGUUAUCUUUGAGCCACAUCCUUUAAGGCAACAUUGAAGAAUAUUUUUCAGUGUAUAUUCAGAUUGGAUUUAUAUGUAGUAGCAUGGGUACGGUCAGGGGCUUUUCUUGAAAAUAUGAUCUGACUUGCAAAAAUGAUUCCCUAUAUAGGCUUUUAGCUUUAAUUAGGGCCUGGAGAUUUUCCUAGGCUGGUCAUUUGGUCAGGAAAAACUCUUAACCCAUUUCUGUGGAUCUUCUUUCACUGUGUAUAUAUACAAAUAAAGAGUUAUUUUAUUUAUUUAUUUUUCUCAAAAAGUAACUUCAAAAUGGAAGUCAUGCUGAUGAUCUAAACUAUGCUCCACACUCCGUCCUGUUGGUGGCAGUAUUGGAAUUUGAAUCAUAACAAGGUGGGAAAAAAUCUUCAGAAGCAGGUACAGCAGAAAAUAAAAUAGUCUUUGUCCUUGGCUAGCUAGAUCGUUGCUUUUGUACUAGCUAAUAUAUGCAUUUUUAUGCAAUUGCGUGGAACUUGUUUGACGCCUCAAAAUCUAAAAUGACAUGGCGAACAUAAUGAGAUGGUACCCUCUUUAAGGCCUAAGACGAGCGCGGGUGAGGUUGCAGACGAGUGAACCUGAAGAGUCAUCCCAGCUCAGACACGCUGGAAGAUAAUAUGCCAAAUGGAACCAGAGAGUUACAGUCUGGUGCUUCCUCUGCUAUGAGCUACAUUAUGGAUCCCUCUGCCAGAGACUGGAGCAAAGGCUCAUUGAGGGGUAGCAGUGCUCCCUUCUCCCCAGACACAGAUGGGGACGUUGAUGGAGACCCUGUGCAGCCCAGUGUGGACCUGGAACUCGCUCGUAAGAAGAAGGAGCUGGAGGUCAUAGAGGAGAAGAUAGCUCACAAGAAAGCUGUUCUUGCUACACGACAGCUUAAACACAGAGCUAAGGACAUGCCUAAAAAACAGACUGCAUCCACAACAGUGAAGGGCAUCACUAAACAGACCAAGAUAAACAAUACAAUAUUCAAAACAUACAACCAGGUCACCGACAAGUCGUCACGCAUAUGCCUACCUCUUAAACGGAGGGUGCUGGACAUUCUACGUAAGUUCAGAAGAACACCGGUACGGCACCUACUGCGUAAGACGAAGAAACAAAACAAGAUGCGAGCAUUGGAGCUGAUGAUUAGCUCUCCCCUAGAAAAUGAAGAGGCCCAUCCUCUGAGACUGAGAGUGAAGGUUUUAAUGAACCAGCGACGCUCUCCCAACAAUGAGGUGGUUCCUGAUGAUAAACAGCAUAAUCCAACCAUUCAGAGGCCAGUUCACUCACUCAGGACACAGGAGAAAGACAUAGCAGCCACAGGCUUCCAGCGCUUCCUCAAUGUCCUCAAUGAAGGUGUGGACCUCAACAAGCUCUCAAAGAUAGUCAACGACGAAAAUGAGCUACUCAUUGUGGGCGAGGAGCUACCACAAGUUUGUCUGACUCUGCCCGAGGGUCAUGUUGACUCCAGCAGUAGAUCCAAGUCUUCUCCAGUUGAGGAGAAGAAGGUGAGGCUUGAGGAUGAGCACCGGUACGAGCAGAUGCAGACCCUGCUGGAGAUCGUUGGGCUGGACUUGGGGGUUGAGGAGUUGGGUCGGCUGACAGACAGGACCAAUGAUAGGCUGUAUGGGAAGAUGGGAGACUUGAAAAGGAAGGAGUUCGAGAAUGAGAAGGGAAAAGAGAAAAAGGAGAGCGAGCCCUCAUUUAAACAUCUUAGUACUUCCUCAUUACCAUCAGACAGCGCCAGCCCCCUUCUAAACCAGCACUCAAACAUGACCGUUGAAUACAGCAGCUCUAGUAACAGGGUAUGGGACAUGGACAGAUCUGAGAGGGACAGAUCUGAGAGGGACAGAUCUGAGAGGGACAGAUCUGAGAGGGACAGGCACCGACACUCUGGUACCAGAGACAAGGACAGAGAGAGGGAGGAGGAUAUAGUCAGAGAAAUGGAGAGAUCUGAGAGAGAUGGGCACAGAGAGGACAGAGCCAGAGAAGGGGACAGUCCUACGAGAGAGAGAUCCAGGCAAAGAUGCUCUAGUACCAGAGACAAGGACAAAGUCAGAGAAAGGGACAGAUCUGAGAGAAACCGAAAGGGAGACGGGCACAGACACUCUAGUACCAGAGAGAGAGACAAGGACAUACCGGUAGUCAGAGAAACAAACAGAUCAGAAAGGAACAGAGAUAAAGACGGGGACAGAGACCCAGAGAAGGACCGGGACAGAUCUAGGAGAGACAGGGGCAGAUACAGAUCUGAGAGAGACGGGGACAGAGACCCAGAGAAAGGCAGGGACGGAGGCCGAGAGAAAGACCGGGACAGAGUGAGAGACCGGGACAAAUACAGAUCUGAGAGAGACAGAAACCGAGCGAUAGACAAGGAUAUAGAAAGGUGGCUGCAAAGGACCAAAGACGGAGACAACCGUUCUAGGACCAGUGACUGGGACAGCGAGAGCGACUGGAACAGCCACUGUAGUACUAGAGACUGGGACAGAGAGAGAUCUGAGAGGGAUAGGUAUGGGGAUGAGUCCAGGGAAAGCUCCAUUGAGCUCUACUCAUACUCCAUGGACCCUAUAUUCCCUGUUUCUCAUCCUCAUGCGUUUAUGAUGGCAAACUACUCCCCCACCCAGUACUCUCAGUAUAUGGCGUACCACAGCAGCCCCUACACCAUGGCCUUCCCUCCAGGGUGGGGUUAUCCCCCUGGUAUUAUGCCCCCUGGUAUUAUGCCCCCUGGUAUUAUGCCGCCUGGUAACAUGCCGCCUGGUAACAUGCCGCCUGGUAACAUGCCGCCUGGUGUUAUGCUCCCUGUUACCAUGCCACCUGGAAUCAUGCCAGCUGGUGCCAUGCUGCCUAUUAACAAGCCCCGCCUACCUAAUCCCCCUGGGUAUCCACCCUACACCAACUUCCCCCCAUAUUACUCUAAUGGCACCACAGCCUUAAACCAGACAUACACCAAGCCUGCUAGCAACCUCCAGCUCUCAUCUACCCAGCCUGCUAGCAACCUCCAGCUCUCAUCUACCCAGCCUGCUAGUAACCUCCAGCUCUCAUCUACCCAGCCUGCUAGCAACCUCCAGCUCUCAUCUACCCAGCCUGCUAGCAACCUCCAGCUCUCAUCUACCCAGCCUGCUAGCAACCUCCAGCUCUCAUCUACCCAGCCUGCUAGCAACCUCCAGCUCUCAUCUACCCAACCUACUAGCAACCUCCAGCUCACAUCUACCCAGCCUGCUACUAGCAACCUCCAGUUCACAUCUACCCAGCUUGCCAGCACUGCAGCAGUCUUGCCCCUCCUACGUAACCCCCCCAUUUGUCACAAGAAACUAGCUCCCUGGUAUAAAGAAAAUAACAAAGCCCUGAAGCAAGUUUGCCGACAAAUGGAACGGAAAUGGCGCUCCACCAAUUUGGAAGUCUUCCGACUAGCUUGGAAAGACAGUAAAGCGCAAUAUCGAAAAGCCCUCAAUGCCGCUCGAUUAGCCUACUUUUCCAAACAGAUUGAGGAGAAUAAAAACAAUCCAAAAUGUAUUUUUGAUACUGUUGACAAGCUAACUAAAAAGCAGCAUUCUCCAAGUGAGGAUGGCCUUCACUUCACCUAAGCAGUUACAUCCUGCCUGGUUGGCCCUGUCUGGGGGUAUCUUCGGACUGGGCCACAUUGUCUAAGCACUGGGUUCUGUCUAAGCCCUUUGUGACAUUUACUGAUGAAAAAGGGCUUUAUAAAUAAAUUCAUUUGAUUGGUUGGUCUUAACUCAGAGAUACACAUACACCCAGCCCUCUAGCAACUGCAAGGAAAAGAGACAGAAGCAUGCAGAAGCCGUAGCGAAAGUGAAAAGAAUAAACAUGUAAGAGACAGAAAUAUGCAGAAGAUGUAGUGAAAGUAUCCUGUCAGAUGGUGACAAAGAAGUCCCCCUCUGAACCAGGGUGAAUGAAGAAAGCAAAGGGGGUAAACAAUAUAUUCUUCACAGGUAUUUUCAUGAAGAGUUAUCAAAAUCAUCAAAGGAAGCGUAUGUGUAAGAGGAAACGGCUUUUGAAGAGGCGGAAUGAGGCUCACCAGCUCAAAAUAAAGUGAUUGCUAGCAGAAGCAGCAGGGAAAGUGGCUCCUCGGGUGGCUGUUAAGGAUUUCCCCUUUGGAGAGGAGCACAAGAUCCAGAAGGAGUAACAAUGAUCGAUGGGGAGAAACUACAUGCUGACACUGUAGAAGAAGUGGUCCCUAAGAAGCUAGAUUUGUAAUGACACUAGCAAAGGAUUUGUUAUAGUUUAACCUCAUCCUUCAAAGCUUCAUGUUGAAGCUAUUUCCAGUGUAAUGUUUUGUAUUGUAUGUGGUAUGGGUAGGGCCAGUGGUCUUUCUUUACUAUUAUAUCUGCUCAGCAAACGCAUUUUCUCUCCCGUUAUAAACCAAAUCAUAAGGGCGUGGAGUUUACUUGAUCUGGUCAUGUGGUUAGGAAAGACCCCUGGCCCUGGGCAUAGUACAUGUGUGUCAAUGCAAUGAAAAGACCAUUGAUGACAUGCUUGCAAGUUCUCAUGCCUGAUAUCAAGAAAACUGCCCGUGUUUCAUUCCCCCACCUCAGUCUAUAGAUCAUCUUUUACUUUGUAUAUAUUUAAUUGAAUAAAAGAUUCUGUCUAAUA